GUUCCGGGGCGGGGUGUCCGCUCAGUGUGUCCCCGGCCCGGCUUCCCUCCCUGGAGCUGUCUCAGCGGGAGCAGGGGGGCUAGCUGCCGUAGCGGGGAGAGACCAGACUCCGGGCAUCAUGAGCGAUUCAGACUAGCACAACUGCUACUCUGAAAUCUUCAGGAGAGGAGCAGCUUCCAUGGAAUGAAUGAAUUGUGGAUCAAAGAACAAUGACACCAAAAGACAGUUUCUUCUAGAGCGGCUACUGGAUGCAGUUAAACAGUGUCAAAUCCGGUUUGGAGGAAGAAAAGAAAUAGCUUCAGAUUCUGAUAGCAGAGUUACUUGCCUGUGUGCUCAGUUUGAAGCUGUACUACAGCAUGGUUUGAAGAGGAGCCGAGGAUUAGCAUUAACAGCAGCAGCAAUCAAACAGGCGGCAGGUUUCUCCAGCAAAACAGAAACAGAGCCAGUGUUUUGGUACUACGUAAGAGAAGUUCUGAAUAAACAUGAACUACAACGAUUCUACUCUCUGAGGACUAUUACUACAGAUAUUGGCAGAGGCCGUGCCUGGCUACGCUGUGCAUUAAAUGAACAUUCUCUGGAAAGAUAUGUCCAUAUGCUGCUUGCAGAUAAAAAUCGACUUAGUGUCUUCUAUGAAGACUGGUCUUUUAUGAUGGAUGAAGAACGUUCUAGUAUGAUCCCUACGAUGGCAGCUGGUCUGAACUCCAUUCUUUUUGCAAUCAACAUCGACAACAAGGACUUAAAUGGGCAGAGCAAAUGCACUCCUACAGUCUCUGAUCUCUUAAAAGAAUCCACGCAAAAUGUAACCUCAUUGUUGAAGGAAUCCACCCAAGGUGUUAGCAGCCUUCUAAGAGAGAUAACUGCAUCCUCUGCUGUUUCCAUUUUAAUCAAACCCGAUCAAGACUCUGACCCGCUUCCAGUUCUAUCAAAGAAUGUUACUGUUGAUUUAAAAUGUAGAAAAGAUCGAAAGAAGAAGAAAAGGGUGACACACAUCAUAUCAUUUGAUGAGGAGGAAGAUGAACAAAAUUUAGGAGAUACUUUAAAGACAGUAGUUGCAGGAGAAAGUUCAGAAGAGAACUCAGAUAAGUCUUCAGCUUUUGUGUUACCUUUCUCUGAAGGCUCUCUUGUACAAAAUUUAAACGGAAAUCAGAAUACCCAUUUGUGGAAAAGUGAUUCCAUGUUUUUGAAUGGUGAAUAUAGUUACCAGAAGCUUGAUGUGAAGAGUAUUGAUGAUGAAGAUGUAGACGAAAAUGAGGAAGAGAUAUUUGGAAAGAUAUUGGGAAACAAAGGCGUGGAAGAUGAAACAAAAGUUUCAGAAAAGCCACAUGAAGGGAGCACAUGCAAUUCACAGAUAUGCACUUGGACUCCCCUGCAGAUCCUGAAUGAUAAUUCAGAUAUUUUGUUUCCUGUCAGUGCUGUUAGUUCUUACGCCCAGAUUGGUAACCUGGAGAAUGGAGAUGGGCAUGAAAGUGCUGUUCUUGCAGUAGAACUGGCUCAGAGAGGAUCUGAACUUCCUUAUAGAGUGGAUAUCAGUCCUCCUGUUCAAGUGAAUGCUUUAAGCAAUAUGUUACCUUCAGCCACUGUGCCAGAAUCAAUGACAAUUAAUGAACUUCGGCAAGCUAUUGUGGCCAUGAUGAACAGAAAGGAUGAACUCGAAGAAAAGAACAGAUCUCUGCGAAACCUGCUUGAUGGAGAGAUGGAACAUUCUGCACUACUCAGGCAAGAAAUUGAAAACUUGAGAAGGAAAGUAGCGGAGCAUGAGGAGCGACAUGUAGCAAAGAUCCAAGCCUUGGCAAGGGAGAAUGAAGUGCUGAAAGUACAACUCAAGAAGUAUGUAGGAGCUGUCCAGAUGCUGAAAAGAGAAGGUCAAACAGCAGAAGUUAUUCCCUUUUCUGCCAACCUUUGGAAUAUUGAUGGGGAAUUUACCAUACCUGAACAAAAGCAAAUAGAAAACCAUGAGGAACUAGCAAACUCCUAUGAGAAACUAAUUGAGGUGGCAGAAAUGCAUGGGGAGCUUAUAGAAUUCAAUGAGCGACUACACCGUGCUUUGAUGGCUAAAGAAGCUCUUGUAUCCCAAAUGAGGCAGGAACUCAUUGAUUUGAGAGGGCCAGUCCCUGGGGAUUUGAGUCAGACAUCUGAAGACCAGAGUUUGUCAGAUUUUGAAAUAUCAAAUCGUGCCCUUAUAAAUGUUUGGAUUCCCUCAGUCUUUCUACGAGGAAAAGCUGCUAAUGCAUUCCAUGUUUAUCAGGUAUAUAUCAGAAUAAAAGAUGAUGAAUGGAAUGUUUAUCGAAGAUAUGCAGAAUUCAGAAGCUUGCAUCACAAGCUACAAAAUAAAUACCACCAAGUAAGGACCUUUAACUUCCCACCAAAAAAAGCCAUUGGAAACAAGGAUGCAAAGUUUGUAGAGGAACGACGCAAACAGCUACAAAAUUACUUACGGAAUGUUAUGAACAAAAUUAUUCAAACUGUGCCAGAAUUCACAGUUAGCCCCAAAAAAGAGACUCUUAUUCAACUGAUGCCCUUUUUUGUUGAUAUCCAACCUGUGGGAGAACCAGUAAGCAAAAGCAAUCGCUCAAGAGUGGCUACCCGCUUUCCAAAGCUAUCUCGGCACCAUCAAAGGGAGCCACGGAACCUGGAGCCUCAAAGUGGUGAUCUUUGACCCUUUUUAUAAUUGUGAACAUCAGCACCAUGUACUUUAAAUUGCCCUGUGAUUCUGACCUAUCCUAUAUUGUUGAUUAUGGAAGGCCUUGGGGAGAAUACAGCUGCAUUGAGUUAAUUCCUGAAAGGAGACUCUCAAUACUAAAGUUAAUCAUUCUGAUUUAAAGGUCACUUUUGAAAGCAGGAAGCAUUUUCCCAAGGAAAUAUGAGGGCUCUUCACAUGGGACUCAGCAAAUUGUACACACUUCCUUUGUUUUGUAAAGCAUUCUCUUUUCUUCUAAACUUACUCUAUUACUACGAGUCCCUUGUUUGUGCUGUAGUGUCUCUUACACUCAUACCAUCUAUUUCUGUUCCUGAGAUCUGUGUGCAUCGUGUUCAGAGAAUAUUAUUUUUUUCUUAGAAGUACAACUGUAAUUAUCACUAAUCAAUAUUUGUCAGAAAGUUGAACUUAAAAAACUUUCCUAAUCCAUUGCCUUUUGGAAAUGGAAUGACUGUUCCUUUUUCAUUAUGAUACUCUGAUGCACUCAAGAGUAUUUUAUGAACUUUACAAAGUAAGUGAUGGGAGAAAAAACAGCAGAUAGGGCAAAAGUAGCUUUUGUACGUUACUAGUCAGUUAUUCCCAGAAACUCUCACUUGUGAAGAGUAAUUCUACCAAAAUGGAGAUUCUAAUUAUUUUCUUUUGAAUUUUUUGUUUUUCUUGCAAGGCAAGGUGCAGUACAAGUCAGCUCAAG